CGAUAAUAGACGUAACACACAACACAGGCAGUGUUCGACAUUGCUAUAAUAUGUACAAUCACUCUUCUUCUGUUGAGGUAUUUGCUGAUAGAAACUCGAUGUACAAACACUCACAAAAUAAUAUUAACAAAAGUGGUGAAAAGACAAGUCCCAUCAGCGUUAUUCUGGUCAGUUCGGGUAGUCGAGGUAACAAAUUGCUAUUUCGAUACCCAUUCCAAAGACUGACCGAGUGUCCAUCGUCUCUUGCGACAAAACAGAGAAGUCCAUAUGCAUUGAACACAGCAGGAGAUGUUCUAGAGGAUCAAGAUGGGGAUUCAAGAGAACUAUCUCCACUAACUGAUGAACAGUUGGUAGCAGGGUUCUCAGACAUCAUUCUUGCAACCAUCCUGGCCACCAAAUCGGACAUGUGUGGAAAGAAGUUUGAGUUGAAGAUAGACAAUGUACGUUUUGUUGGGCACCCAACUCUUCUACAGCAUCCUCACACCAUCCAGGUGUCCAAAACAGACCCGUCACCCAAGAGGGAGACGCCGACGAUGAUCCUGUUCAGUGUGGUGUUUGCUUUGAGGGCCAACGCAGACCCCUCAGUCAUCAGCUGCAUGCACAACCUCUCCCGGCGCAUCGCCAUCGCCCUGCAGCACGAGGAGAGGCGCUGCCAGUACCUCACCAGAGAGGCCAAGCUCAUGUUGGCUGUUCAGGAUGAGGUCACCGCCAUGACAGAAACAGAUGGCAGCCCCCAGUCCCCGUUCAGACAAAUCCUUCCCAAAUGCAAACUUGCCAGGGACCUGAAAGAGGCAUACGAUAGCCUUUGCACAACUGGCGUGGUUCGAGUUCACAUCAACAACUGGCUGGAGGUGAGCUUCUGUCUGCCCCACAAGAUCCACAGGGUGGGGGGCAACCACAUCCCCCUUGAGGCACUGGAGCGCAGCCUGAAGGCCAUAAGGCCAUACCAUGCUCUUCUGCUACUGGACAGUGAGAAGGCCUUGCUGGCCCAGCUGCCUCUGGACUGCUCCCCUGCCCUGGUGCGCCUGAUCAAGACCUGCUCUGCAGUCAAGAACCUCCAGCAGCUGGCCCAGGAUGCAGAUCUGGCCCUACUGCAGAUCUUUCAGAUUGCAGCUCACCUGGUAUACUGGGGCAAGGCCAUCAUUGUCUACCCUCUCUGUGAGAACAACGUCUACAUGCUGUCCCCACACGCCAACAUCAGCCUGUACUCGCUAUUGGCCGAGCAGUUUGCCCAGCAGUUUCCAGGUCAUGAGCUGCCCUCUAUGUUGGCCAAAUUCUCCCUGCCUGUUUCCCUGGCAGAGUUUAGAAACCCACUGGAUGCUCCUGUGCAGGAGGCCCAGCUCAUCCAGAUGGUGGUGUGGAUGCUACAGCACCGCCUGCUCAUCCAGCUGCACACCUACGUGUGCCUACUGGUGCCUCCCGGUGAGGAGGAGCCGGGGCUGCGGGAGGAGGAUCUCCCCCCGACGGCCAGGGUGGGGGGCCGCAGCCUCAGCACUCCCAGCGCCCUCAGCUUCGGAUCCCCAACCAGCAGUGACGACAUGACCCUGACCAGCCCCAGCAUGGAGAACUCGAGUGCUGAGCUGAUGCCUGGUGGAGACUCUCCCCUCAACAAGAGGAUGACGGAGACCUUGCUGGCCAGUCUGACGGAACAGGAGCGCCAGGUCAUCCUCAGCAUCCCUGCUGCCCAGAACCCGGAGGACCUGCGCAUGUUCGCCAGGCUGCUGCACUACUUCCGAGGCCACCACCACCUGGAGGAGAUCAUGUACAACGAGAACAUGAGGCGCUCGCACCUCAAGACGCUCUUCGAUAAGUUCCGCAGCGUGCUGGUGGUCACCAACCAUGAGGACCCAGUCAUCUCACUCUUCCAGUCACCUCUUGAAUAGGGAGUCUAGGAGGAGACACUGUCUCGGUUACCCUGCUCUUGAACACGAGGACAAUUUGACAAUGACGCUGCUUUGACUGUUCAUUUUUUCAUUAUCGCUGGGAGGGUGAUUGUGUAUGCCAUUGUACAGAAAAAUAAUCUACCGCUCUUUAAGAUAAAUGAUUGUGCUUGCCUGUGUUAGCUAAUGCUCUGUAUUGUUUUGUUUUUUUCCCUUGCUAUUUGAGAUCUCUUUGUGUUGUUAUUAAAUUAUUACAGAAA